UAGGCUGCAUCAGCAGGCAGGGCAGUAGCCACAGACAUGGCAGUACCCCAGGAGCUGUACAGCUUCCCAGCCUCCAAGCUGGACUCCUUCGUGGCUCAGUGGGUGCAGCCAAGCCGGGAAUGGAAGGAAGAGGUUCUGGAGACCGUGCAGGCGGUGGAGCAGUUCCUGAGGCAGGAGAACUUCCGUGGAGAGGCUGGCCUGGCCCGAGACGCACGGGUGCUGAAGGUGGUCAAGGUGGGCUCCUUGGGGAAUGGCACAGUGCUCAGGAGUACCACAGACGUGGAGCUGGUGGUGUUCCUGAGCUGUUUCCACAGCUUUCAGGAAGAGGCCAAGCACCACCACGCUGUCCUGAGACUGAUACAGAAAAGGAUGUCUUAUUGCCGGGACUUGCUGGACCUUGGGCUCAAGAACCUGGCUGUGAUGGAAGGAGUUCCCAGUAGCCUCAUCUUCACCAUCCACACAAGGGACACUUGGGAGCCCCUCACUGUCACCAUCGUGCCUGCCUACAGAGCCCUGGGGCCUUCCUGUCCUGGCUCUCAGUUGCCAGCUGAGGUCUAUGUGAAUCUGAUCAAGGCUAGUGAGUACCCAGGGAAUUUCUCCCCGUCCUUCAGCGAGCUGCAGAGAAACUUCGUGAAACAUCGGCCUACUAAGCUGAAGAGCCUCCUGCGGUUGGUCAAACACUGGUACCAGCAGUAUGUGAGAGAGAAGUGCCCCCGGGCCUACCUGCCCCCUGUCUAUGCCCUGGAGCUGCUAACCGUCUAUGCGUGGGAAGCAGGCACCCAGGAGGAUGCAAACUUCAGGCUGGAUGAAGGCCUCGUCACAGUGAUGGAGUUGCUCCAGGACCACGAACUCAUCUGUAUCUACUGGACCAAGUACUACACACUGGAGCACCCAGCCAUCGACACCUUUGUCAGAAGACAGCUCAAGAGAGAAAGGCCCAUCAUCCUGGACCCAGCAGACCCAACCCACAAUGUGGCAGAAGGGUAUAGAUGGGACAUAGUUGCUCAGCGGGCCAACCAGUGUCUGAAACAGGACUGUUGCUAUGACAACAGGGAUACCCCAGUCCCCAGCUGGACCGUGAAGAGAGCGCCAGACAUCCAGGUGACCGUGGAGCAGUGGGGUCACUCUGACUUAGUCCUCUGGGUGAACCCUUAUGAACCCAUAAAGAAACUUAAAGAGAAAAUCCGACUGAGCCGGGGCUACUCGGGCCUGCAGCGCCUGUCCUUUCAGGAGCCCGGCGGCCAACGGCUGCUCAUCAGGAGCCAUUGUUCCCUUGCCUACUAUGGCAUCUUCUCCGACACCCACAUCUGCCUGCUGGACACGGUCUCCCCCGAGAUCCAGGUCUUUGUGAAGAACCCGGAUGGCAGGAGCUACGCCUACGCUAUCCACCCCCUUGACUUUGUCCUGAGCCUGAAACAGCAGAUUGAAGACAGGCAGGGCCUCCCGACCCAGGAGCAGCACCUGGAGCUCCAGGGCCAUGUCCUGGAGGACUGGUUCGACUUUAAAUCCUAUGGCAUCCAAGACAGUGUGACCCUCACCCUGUCCAAAAAGAGAAAAGGGAGAGCUCCAUUUACCCCCAGCUAGUUUCCUCUGUCAACAUCUCUGAAAGUUAUGGG